AAAAACCGUCCAGAUCGGCAACGAUUCUCCACCGUCCGUACAACCGUCCUCGACGAGACCUCGCGUCGGCGAGCUCAACAGAAACACAUCGAAGAACUGCAACAAGACAAUUUCGUUGAUGACGGGAGCCCUAGCUACUAUGUUGCCCAUCACGAAGCUGCAGCACGACUUGGGACGCUGGAUAAUCGGAAGAAGCGCGUGCAGGGUGACGAGGACUUGAUCGCUAGCGGGGUGGGACAGGCGCCGCGGAAGAAGCAGAAAAGAGGUGGUGUGAGGGCGCUGCUGCAGAAGAAGAACUUUGCUACACUGUUAAUGGACUCGGGCAUUGAGGCCAUCCCACCACCCAUACCGACGUAUUUGACUGUGUCAGCGAAACCGUCUGUGAAACCGCCAAGAAAGUUCUGCUCGGUUUGUGGAUACUUUUCAAAGUACACAUGUAUGCGAUGCGGGAUGCAGUACUGUAGUAUAACAUGUCGAGAUGCUCACACCGAGACUCGGUAA